AGGCCCAGAGCACGAAGGAAGCCUCGUACUCACUAGAGUAUUCGUGCGCCGAAAACGAUCCGUUAUGAGUUCGCAAGGGCCCUGGGCACGAACGAACGCUUUCCGACGGCUGUCGGUCCAUCAAAGGAUAUUCGUGCGAACAAUUUUACUGUGCCGGUUAAAAUUUCCAAGUACCGUUAGUCGACCGCUGUCGAACUUACCCUUCGGAAAAACUCAGUUUAUGAUAUGGCCUGAUGAACCGUCAUAAACUGAUUUUUGAAAUCCGACAUGUGCAUAGCACACCACCCUGCGAGCGGAGACAUUUGUCCAUCAGAUGUUUUAUUAAACAUUGAAAUGGACGAGCGACACGAGAGUAGCCAGUUGUCGAUACGAGUUCAGUUGAAGAAGGUCGUCAUGGAGUGGCAAACCGAAACGGUACUUCGUCUGAUUGACGAAUAUGAAAAAUACCCAUUACUGUGGAAUGCUAAACACCCAUUUCAUUAUUCGCGUAAUAAAAAAAUCGACGCGUGGGAAGCCAUUGCUGCAGUAUUUCAAAUAAAAAGCAAUGAAAUUAAACAAAAAAUGAAUAGUUUGUUGUCGUCCUUUCGCCGAGAGAAAGCAAAGGGUACCAGGAGUAUUGGAACGGGGAAAGGUAUUUAUAUAUUUCUAUAUUCAAUCAGGUAUAAAUAUUGUAUAUAAUUACAAUCAGUACAAAGUAAUUUUUUAUUGACAGCUCGUAAGGACGUCUACACGUCCAAGUGGUUCGCGUUCGACAGAAUGCACUAUUUAUUGAACAAAGACGAACCGCGAGAAACGUUAAACACAGAGAAGGGAAACUGCAAUGAGGAAGACUGCACUGAGGAAAGUGCAGCCCAUCAAAUACCGCAAGAAAAUACGGGAACGGGUACGGCUACGGCUACUCCAGUGCCUGUGCCUCCGAAACGGCGCAAGCGAGGUCACGAUAGAAGGGAUGAGGAGAGAUUGGAGAAAGCAUAUGAAAUUAUGCAACAAUCAAUAGCAAAAGAGCAGCCGGACGAAUAUGACAUAUAUUCCAAGUACAUUGCUAACAAAGUACGAAAAUAUACUCCUCGCACACGUGUCCAAGUGGAGCGAGCUAUUAACAAUAUUUUAUUCGAGGCGGACAUGGGGGUAUUUGAUCAGGCUCCGUCAACUACUCCCUCAAUUCGGCAUGAUAUUUAUUAUCGUCCACAAAAUCAUGCACAAAAUCAUGCACAAAAUCAUGCACAAAAUCAUACACAAAGAAAACCAGCUUCAAUUAUUCCGGCGGCGAUCAUAAAUAUUUUAAAUGCCGGAAAAGAUUAA